AUGAGACACAAUCUGGUGUGUCAGACACCUCCCACUGUCACUGUUCGUGUAAAAUCAAGUGCAUCCCGAUCAUAUUGGAAAAAAAACCUUAUCAGACUAAAGCGGCCUACUUGUAAAGACCAUGAAGAAAAUUGUGAAAAAAAGGUUCUUAGUCCUAAAUAUAAAUGUCCAAAGGGACCACGUGUAGUUAUUCAGCGUCAGGAAAUGACAGCUUUCUUCAAAUUAUUUGCUGAUGAUCUAAUCCAAGACUUCCUUUGGAUGGACUAUUGCUGCAAAAUUGCAGACAAGUAUCUCUUGGCAAUGACUUUCGUUUAUUUCAAGAGAGCUAACUUCACUAUAAAUGAGCACACCAGACUCAAUUUCUUUGUCGCUCUGUAUCUGGCAAAUACAGUUGAAGAAGACAAUGAAGAAUCCAAGUAUGAAAUUUUCCCAUGGGCUUUGGGAAAAGCCUGGAGAAAGCUCUACCCUGAUUUCUUAAAGUUAAGAGAUCAGCUAUGGAGUAGAAUUGACUACAGGGCUAUUGUAAGCAGACGCUGCUGUGAAGAGGUGAUGGCUAUUGCUCCAACACAUUACAUAUGGCAACGAGAACGUUCUGAGCACCACAGUGGAGCUGUGAGAAACUACAGUAAUGAAGUACAGCUGCCCCAAGGAUCUAGUGCUGCUCCUACAGAUUGCUCGCUUUGUGGUAAGAAAGGAAGAUUUGUACGACUAGGAUUAUCAUCAUCUUCCUCCUCAUCUACUGGCACUUUGGAGAUGAUGGAAUUACAUUCAUCUCAGAAUUUGAAGGAUACCCUUCCAACUGAAAAAACAUUUGUUGACUCUCCUUUUUAUUACAGCCAAGACUGUCAGAGCCUGUCCAACAAAAGGACACAAGGUAGCACCUUCAACCAAGACAAAUCCAUGGACUGGUUUUCAAGCAGUGAAAAAUGA